AUGAAUGAACAGUGUAUAGAAAUAUAUAUAUUCAAAGUUAAAGAAAUGAUUUAUCUUAAUUUAAAGAGUGGACGAAAAGCAUAUGAAGAAAUAUGUAAAAUGUGCAGCCAUAUGUUUGAUAGCAAAGAAGAAUGCCUAAAUAAUUCAAUAAAUUUAUCAUGGAAUGAUAUAAUAAUAAUGGCCCCCGUAUUAUACAUAAAACGUGAAUCAUCAGAUGAAUCCAAAAAUCAAGGGAUGAUAAUAAAUUUGCCUGUUACAAAUAUGCUUUCUAAAUUAUUAACAAAUUUAAUUAGUUUAAUAUCUUAUAAUAAAUCUGAUAUAGAUUAUAUAAAUAGUACUAUGCAAUAUUUACUUAUUAAUGAAUUAGUUGAUAAUUUAGAUGCAUUACCAGAGGAACUUGGAAUGUUUAAUGAUUUCGUUGGUUCAUAUACAGAUUCUUUACAUGAUACAUUUACCCAAAUAGCUGAUAAUAAUGAAAAUAUGGAAGUACUAGAUAAUUAUACUUAUUUUGAAGGAUAUUUAGAUCGACUUAAAAUGUUAAAUAAUAGAUUACAUUAUUUAUCGAAACAUUUAUAUUUAGGACAAAAAAAAAAUGUUACAAAAAAAAAAAGUUUAUUAUCUACUUUUCAUAAAAAAAAUUCACAUAAACAUAUGGAAGAUCAUAUAAAAAAAAUAUAUAAUUUUAUUUAUACUAAUAAUGCAAGUAUUGAAGGAAUAAGAUCUAUAUAUAAUGAAGAAAAAAAAACAAUAUAUUCAAAAGAAGAAGAAGAUUUUAGAUUAUAUUAUUUAAGAAAUGAACUAUUAAUAAAAAAUCAUUGUUCUGUAUAUAUAGUUACUGCUAUCUCUUGGUUUUUAAAUCAAGUCAAUCUAAACAUGUAUGAUCAUAAUAGAGAUAUCAUUGAGAUAUUUCGAGAUAAAUUUUCAUUAGAAAAUAUUAACAAGAUUAUUAAAUCAAUUUAUACUUAUACAGAAUUUUAUGAACAAAAUGUAAUUAAUAUAUGUACAAAAUCUAUGGGAAAUAUAAUUGCAAUAGUAGAUUCAACCAUAUUAGCAUAUUCAAAUAAAGAGGUUAAUCUUUUAAAAAAUAAUUUAACAUUUUCAAAUUUAAUUAGAACAAUGGAAAUUUUAUUAUUACAAUAUAAGAUAAAUAGUAUUAGUAAAGAAGAAGAUCAUUUAAAGAAUCAUAUUGGUAAUGAAAUGGAAAUCUCUCAUGAGUUAAGACCACAUGAACAUUUAAUAUGUUUAAUGAAAUAUGUAUCUAAAGAAAUGGAAUUUUAUAUUUCUUCAUUAAAACCAGAAUAUUUCAAACAAUUUAUCGUAGAAAAUUAUCAUAACUUUAAAACAAAUGUUAAUUAUGUACCCCACGAAACACAAUUAUACUUUUGCACAUUGCCUGGUAAAUUUUUUGUGCAUAGAAUUUUUAUUAAUGAUAUAUUACACUUAAUAAAUACGAACAUUUUGUAA